AGAUUGACACACUGCCGAGUGAAAUAUGCGAUUGUCAGUUGUUACAGUCAGCGACUCUAGUGCUGAAGGAAGAAGAAAAGAUCUGAGCGGUCCGGCAAUUGUCGAACUGGUUAACUCAUCCACAAAGCUACGAAACGCAAAAGUUGUGGCAGCUGUGACUGUGCCUGAUGAGCGAGCUGUGAUCGAAGCGUUGUUGGUGGAGCGUUGUAGUGACAGUGACGUGAUCAUAACGACCGGUGGGACUGGAUUUGCUGCUAGGGAUGUUACGCCAGAGGCGACAAUAGAUGUUGUGGACCGCCGCUGCACGGGUUUGGAAGUGGCUUUACAUUCCCAUUCAUUAGCAGCUACGCCUCUGGCCGCCCUGAGUAGAGCGGUGGCAGGCAUACGCGGCAAGACUCUCAUUGUAAAUUUUCCGGGAAGCGUAAAAGCUGUUAAGGAGUGCUGGGAAGUAUUGGAGCCAAUACUAAAUCAUGCAGUCGAUCUGUUAUGUGACCAAGAUGAUGGCUCAGUACAUAAAGCCAUGGCUAAUGAAGAUGUGUCAGGGAAGUAACCGAGAUGAACUAUGCGAGCUGCCCACCUUGUUUGAAUUUCUUACAUGUUGACACAUUUAAUGUUCUUUUUACACUUCUUACAAGGUUUUUGUUCAUAAAUGUUGUAGAUCUGGA